GUACUUUCUGUUCUGUCAUUCUAUGUGUCUCCUUGGUGUCCUGUCCAUGUGGUCCAGUAUGUUAGAGGUAUCAGAGGCGUAUGAAAAUGUUGCCUUACACAAACCCGCAUUUCAAUUGCAUCCGUAUGACAAAAAUAAUAAAACAUUCGACGCAACUAAUGCAGUAGAUGGACUAAAGUCUGACUUAUCUUGGACGGGAGGUCAAUGUGCUGUAUCAGCUCUUGAAAAAGAAAUCGCCGCCUGGUGGGUAAACCUUGGCAGACUUCACAUCAUCCACCACAUCACCCUGUAUUUCAAGACAAAAAAUGCCAUUUGGGAUAACACAAACAACGCUACAUCCACCUUUCUAGGAUUUUCACUCUAUGUUUCCAACACAACAGAUAGAUUGCAAGGAAAAUUAUGUUUCAAGGAUAAUUACUUUAACAGAAGCACUAUUCCUGCAGUGUUUAGCACAAUAUGUUAUGUACAAGGACAAUAUGUCAUCUACUACAACGAGAGAUUGAAAGGGGUUACCUAUCCUAGCGAUUAUAAUUCAGAUGCUGAAAAUGAUUUAUGUGAAGUCGAGGUGUAUGGUUGUCCGGUACAAACGACUCAUUGCGAUGUGUUUGACGCAGUUGAAUGUGUCUGUCUGGCCUGUAAACCUGGUUACCAUGGUGACACGUGUAAAGGAGCAUCCUCAACUGAUGUCGAAGUUAAAAGCCAGACACCUGUACUGCAAGGUCUAAUCGGUGGUCUCAGUGUCUCGAUUUUGAUCAUAGUUGUACUUAUUCUCCAUAUUGUACAGACAAGAGUUUCAAUGAGAAGGAACCAUCAAAUAUUGAAUGCAAUAGAAUUAAGAAAUGGCGCCAACUCAACGAACUCAUCUGUUACUGGAAGCAAUUAUACUGGGAAUAGUUACACUGAGUUCGGAUGGUCCAGGGAGACUGACCAGUAUUAUACGGAGAUGACAGGUGUAGUUUAGAACUUAUUCUUUAACACAAUCGAAAGUUUUUCAAGUCAUUUGCCCUUAGAAAAAUUGAAAAUGGAAGGAAAUUGAAGAAUAAUGAUAAUUUCAGCAAAUAUACAAAAAAGUCAUGUAUUUUUGAAAUUGAUUUGGAGGUUUUUGAUUAAUCAAUCAAAUAUUUAUGAUAUUUUAGAAAGAUUAUAUUGUACACAACUUUCUUGCAACGGAUAACAACUGAUAUUUGUGAUUUAUGUAAAAAAAAAAAAAUACUGAUCAACUAGAAUUUUAAUUGAUGUUUUGUUCAUGUUGAUAAUGUAUAUAACUGUUCUGUAUUUUGAAAAUAACGAAUAAUGUCAUAGUACUAAUUUUUUUUUUAUUACAGUAACCAAUUAAUAAUGUAUGUCAAAAAAGAUGUUUGAAUAUUUGCUUUCAUAAAAAAGGAUAAU